AUGCGCCGCACUGCACUCAACAAGUCCAAGGCCAAGCUCAAGGAUCGACCACGAGACGACCUCCCAGCCGCUCCCACUGCCACUGCCACUGUCGCCGUCGCCGCCUCAUCCGUGUCUGCCGUAGAGGCCCUCUUGCGGGAUGAGGGCUUUCAGGCUCACAAUCACGAGCUCCUCGAUCCCUCCGUCCCCGUCCCGAACCCAGCUCCCGCGCCUCCGGGCCCGGUCUCCGCCUCGGUCUCCGUCACUGCCCACGACGCCGUCCCCGUCCCCGACUUGCUCUCGCAGCUGGAUCAUGAUGCGUUCCCCGCCGAACUUGACGCCGUCUCCGCUACCGCUGCCGCUACCGCCGCCACCAACACAACUUCUUUCGCCAUUGCGACUUCCGCUCCUCCAACUAACUUGACACCUUCUGUCGCCGCCCAUCUACCGCACCAGGACGGCGACGACGACGACGACGACGACCAAGUCACCACCACCAUCAGCAACGCAUACGCAAACACCUCCCAAUCUGUCGAAUCCAACCCCGACGACGAUAUUGAGCUAGACCUGGACGCGUCCUUCCGCCCUCCUAUACUCGACGACCUCUACAUCCCCACCAACAACGCCAACCUCGACCCCGACUACGUUCAUCACUACCACGCGGAGGAUUAUGACCUUGAUAUGAGCGACAGUGACGGCGGUGCUUCUCUUGACGACGACGGCAUCUACGUACCUCAGCUCCAAGCCGACCAUCACCCCCAUCCCGUUCAACCCCAGGAGGACGAUGAUGCCCAGGCUCCCUCCUCUGGUCCAGUCAAUUACCUCUUACACACUUUCUUCAACGCACCCUCCCUAGCAGGCGCCGACAUCGUCAUGGACGGCGCUCCGCCUACUGGGCCAUGGGCUUCCACGCCCAACAACGCCCCCCUUCCACUACUACAACCUCCUACUCUAACGGAACCCAUCGGUCUUGCCCCGAUCAGCAACCCCAACCCAACAAUGCUAGGGUCCGAAAACCAUGGCUUGAUCGACUUCCUCUGGCAUUGGUCGCGCGAGGCACGCAUCUCGCACUCAUAUUCAAUGCGAGCCUUUGCGCCUUGUCCCGAGGACCUCCGCCGGCAGGCGCAGGUACACAUGAACGAGGUUCGGUACGACGAUAUCCGUGGCGACGAAUACGAUUUCCAGGGCAUGGACUGGGAUUCAAUGGGCACUACUCGUGAGCACGCCCGCAAAAGGCGCCUCGAAACUUAUAAGAACUACGUCAACAAGGAGGGGUCUGAUAUGUUGAAUCCUCACAUGACCGACGUCAGGAUCCCCAAAUUGGAAAACUACGUCAGAUUCAGGAAGUACCUAGUUCGCCGGGACGUCUACUUGGCUCACUUUCAACUACGCAGCGUGCUGGCAUGCCCUUCACGCUCACAGGCCUACUACCCCGGCGGCCGAGGAGUCAACCAUAUGAACCCAGUCUCGGGCAAGACCGAGCUCUUCCUCAACAACAGCGAUGUGACGGGCCUCGGAGCUGUCAUCUCUACUCUCGACGCCAACAAAGGAGUCUUGAUGGCGGGCACCUUCAAUGGGGAGUACUACCUCAAGAACUUGUACACCGAGGACAAGAAGGACUACUCUGACGGUCAGAUCACGCCGAACCUAGGAGGAAUCACCAACCAUAUUCAGAUCCACAAUCCUCGACGAUCAGGUAGUCCCGUCGCCGCCAUUUCAAGCAACGAUGAAGGGUUCCGUGUCAUAGAUCUCGCAACGGAGAAGUUCCUGCUGCAGACCCGGUAUCGGUUUGCGCUCAACUGCUCCAGCAUCUCUCCUGAUGGCCGGCUGAGGGCUAUGGUCGGUGACGACUUCAAGGUGAUCAUCUCGGACGCCGACACUGGCCAGAUCCAACAGGAACUGGCUGGGCACCGCGACUUUGGCUUCUCCUGCGACUGGUCUGAUGACGGCUGGACGGUGGCCACUGGCUUCCAGGACAAGGGUGUCAAGAUCUGGGAUGCUCGCCGGUGGUGCGACUCAAGGGGCAUCAGUACACCUCUCUGCACUAUCCGGUCGGAGAUGGCGGGUGUUAGAAACCUGCGUUUCUCGCCAGUCGGCAGUGGUGAUAGGGUUCUCGUGGCAGCCGAGGAAGCUGACUUUAUCAACAUCAUCAACGCCCAGACGUAUCACUCGAAGCAGAUGGUCGACGUCUUUGGCGAGAUCGGGGGCAUCGCCUUCACCAACGGCGGACAGGACUUGAACGUGCUCGUGAGCGACCGGAGCCGUGGCGGCCUGCUCCAACUCGAGCGGUGCGGCACCGGACCUGAGCCUUUCUUCAACAAGUCGUGGCAAAGGUUCACUGACCCCGAUACUGACCAGUGGCACUAUCGGGCUGAUUCGAAUGCACAUAAACAUGAGCCUUACCGCCGAAGGCCUGUUUCUACCGACACAGUAGCCAUCUUUUAAAGGAGAAGCAUAUCCCGUCUUCUCAAGCUGAUACCCAACGGGGUCAAUGAUACCCGCGACAUAUCUCUACACUUGCUUGCUGCUUGCUUGCUUGGCCUUGCUCGUCACUCAUAUUAUUCGAAGCACACGGCACGACUCUCUCUCGAUUAGCAUUAUACCCCCUUUUGUUAUCGUUUAAUCAGCUUAUUCACCAUCCAUCAACCGGGGAGCGACCAUACGGUCUAUGACGGCACGCCAGCAGCAAAUAGGCGACUACCUUGGGCAUUUUUGAGAGGAGAGGCCAGAGCAUCAAUCCAUCCAUCCAUCCACUUAGCUUCAAAGCGUUCCACUCAUAUCUCUAUGCAUGUAUUUCACAUUUUUGGGCAUUUCUUCCCUCUUCUCUCACUGUUAUCCUGACGGCUUGGAAAAGCCCAGGCGGUCUUGGGGAUACUAGAUACAAGGGCAUCGGCAACGGGAAUCUGGGGGUCCUUUUUUCAUUUGCUUUUCUUUCCUCAUUGGGAAUUUGCAUCGACAAGCGGGAAGCUAUCAUGCUGGGGUGUUAACUAUACGUUCUGCGGGGAUGUCUAAGCAUCAAGGGUGAGUUUUUUGGGGGGUUUACCUGGAAAGGGGGUUCAAAGCCGUUUGUAUAUCUAUCUAUAUUGCCAUGUUGCACUUAGUAUUCUUGUGAUUCUUAAUCAAACGAUGACGCCGAA